AUGCACUCGACAAGAAAGCAGCUCGUGAGUUCACUUCAUGACCAACUGGAACACCAAAGCACCGAGACGCUCGAAGACAUUGCGUCCUUCCAGAAACUCACAUGGCGAAGCAUCUGCGUCGAGAGCGUCGGGGACCCACCGAAGCUGUCGCCGAGAAAACACACCAAGGGAAUCGACCUUGCGUCCAAGCGAACGCUGGAUGUCAUGUCGACGGCGACAUUGAGCGAUCUUCGUGUCGUGCUAAGCAUCAUGCUGGGUAACGUGCAUAACCACCGGCCCAACUCCACCUCGGGCAGCGGUGGAAAGCCUUCGUCCAUGCACAAACCACCAACAAACGCGGUCGAUUUUGUCUUUUGCCGCAACAAAGAUGUCGCCCACGUCAUCGACAUGCACGACGAGCGACACAUACGCGUCCAAGACAUUCUACAGCAUGGCAACACUGUAUACGUUCGGUACCAGCUCGCUUCGACGCUCAAGAGUCCGACAAAACCUCGACGCUUGCACUCUGUUGCGUCGACUUCAACUGAUAUCAACGGCGGUGAGUCGCCAACGUUUGCCAUCACAAAUACCUUUUGCGGGUACAUGCUGAACGCCGACCUCUUUCUUCGUGGCGAUGGGGUGUCCAUUACGCUCAAGGACAUCGUCGACUCGACGACGUCUGUCGCCGCGGCGGAGCUCCACGUCGACAACGCCGAAGUGCACGUUACCUUAACGUCUCAACAACUCGGUGAGAUUGUUGGCUUCAGCGACGACACGCUGCACAUUAUGAUGUCGACAAGCAAGAACCAGCGAACGAUACUUCAGAAGCUCCUGGCGAAGCUGACUGUUCAUCUGGACGACUCGACCAAGUUGAUCCAAGUCACGUUUCCGUCCGACGCCAUCGCAACAUCUGCGUCACUCAUCUCGCUCGGCAUGAUUCAGAAGGUGUCGUCCAUGCGAAAACCAUCUCCACGUACCACGUCCGUCGUGACAACUCCAAUGAAGAAGGAAACCAUGCCGCCUCAGGUGGACUCGACCGACGACAUCCCGUCCGCUGUGCCUUUCACUGCAGCCGAGAAGAGCGUGCGACUCGUUCCACAUUUCACGCUUCCACCAGCAAAACCAGAGCUGGAACACAGUCCGUCAAGCGUUCCAAAGCACGUUGAUCACAGCGUUGCUAUCCAGCCUGAAGACUCUGCCAGUGCUGUCCCAUGGAUCGUGACUGCGACCCCCCUGACCUCUGAUUUCGACAAGGCGUUUCUCUCGGCAUUAGAAUUUUUCACCGAAUCACCUGCGACGCCAGCCAUGUAUUCACUCGUCGCGUAUGACGAACUCGUGCUUUCGUUUGGAGUGGAAGCAGGUGGUUCGAUUUCCAAGGUAUCCAAGUACCUGUUGCACGCCCGCGAUGCACUAAAAAAAGUCCUCCUGCACUGCAUUCUCCAAUAUACCAACUCUUCUGGGCACUACACGACCCGACCUCUCGAGGACAAUUCAGUCAUGGCAACCCUCUUGCGCUACUUAUGGCGCGGCCUUGGACAUUGCGUUUGGAGGGAAGUUCGCGACGAGAUUUUUGCGCGCUGCCGACUCGACCCCAUGACGCGACUCGGCGUCCUGCAAAGCAAGCUUGGCAACGCCGAGAUCUUUUCAGGUUUCAAGGACGAGCUCGAUCGGAAUUACUCGGAUGAAGUGGUCGUUGUGGUGCACUGCGUCUUGCUGUGCCUCGAGCCGCACGACAUUUCAUCCGUUGACCCAACCAACGUUUGGAAGCAUGCUCAAGCGAUUGGAUUGCACGAGUUCAAAGCAUUUCGGAAAACGCUGAAGCGAUUGGAAACGUUUUGUCGAAAUCGUGUGCUGCCACCGCACGUGCGACGCCGCCUACUCGAGUGGGUGGCGCUGCCUUCGUUUUUGUCGAUUGUUGACCGAAAGGACGACGUUUUGUACGGCGUGACUUUGCUGAGAAAGCUGGUGACGAUUGUGUUGGACGCGACCGACUUGGAUUUGGUCCAGCCAUCGAAACUGGCCGAGUGUUUGGCCCAAGCGUCGGCGACAAAAGUGUCUACGACCGUCUCUGGUAUCACUGGCGACCUGGUCAAAAUGUGCAACAAGUGGGUCGAGUCCCACGCAACGCCCACGGGCUUCCCUGAGUUUCAAGCGAUGGUGAAAUGCAUGGACGAAAUCCGAUGUGCCCACAUCGAAGCCACGUGCACCCUUGUGGCAAACGCAGGCACAAACGCCCCCAUCGCGUUUCGAUGGUACCUACCGCCCAUCCCGACGACAAAGCAAGACAGAUAUUUCUUCGUUGGCGAGCACGACGCAGCGUUUGAGUUUACGUACAUAUACAACUCAACGAAAUCCCCCGUUCCCGUGCAAUUCAACACGAUGGGCGAACCGACAUUAACUCCGGACGCCCUUGAGCGAUUGCUCCUGUGCGCGCUCUCAAGAUGGUACUCAUCGCAAGCCCCGACCAAACUGACCGCUCCACUCAACGAUUGCGUCGUCGGGUUCGGGGUCAACUUUUGCCUGUAUUCGGCACUGGAUACCCUGGGCAAGGCGUGGUGGUUGGACGAUAUCUUGAAGGCGGCAACGAUUGAAAAGAUUGGCAUUGGGUCCGGGGUGUCUGUGGACGGAUUCAAAUCCAUUAUCGUCUUGCGCUUGUACGGCGUAUCGUGGCGGCGAGCGUCCCAUGCGAUGAAGGAGCCGAUGCAUUUUUUGCUCUGGCUUAAGUACAUGUCCGGACGCGACGUGCAUCACGCCGUUCGACUGGGCGCGUUGUGCAUUUGCGAGCUGCUGUUGAGCAAAGACGCGUGCAAGUCGAUCUUGCCGUUGAUCUCAUCCAAGACAGCGACGUCGACAAUUCCUCUAGGACUCGCGGCCGAAGUGUACGAGAUGCUCGUGUUGAGUUGGCAAGACCCGCCACACGACCAAGACCAGUCACCGCUUUCGUGGCAUUUUCCCUAUGUGAUGGGCCUGAUCCAGCAAAACAAGAUGAUCGCGCACUUUACCGUCAAGAUUCUUGAGCGGCUCUGCGCGUUGCUGACGAGCGAGUCCAAUACACACUACGUGGCAGCAAUCAUGUGCCAGCGAACAAUUCACGACAGCAACGACGACCGCGACAUGGUGGAAUUGCUGGCCAAAAUCACGUUUGACGUGAAUCAACCGGUUCGUGUCCUGGAUUUGGCCCAACGGAUCCUGCUGGAAUGCCUGCUACAUCCUAUCCUUGGAACUCCGCUGCGCAUUGCACGACUUUUUGCCCGAAUCUCGGAUAGCCAACUUGGGUUUCGACUGACACGGAAGCCAGCACCACAUGGAGACAUCUCGAUUUCGCCUGACAAGUGCACGCACCUAUUGAGUCUCGGCAUCCUCGGCAAGCUCGCUCGGGCUGUCGAGAGCUUGAUGGAGGUGCCCGAGUCCCAAGACCCGACGGACCUGAACACCCUACAGCUACGAUUCCUAUGUGUUUUGGCUACAGCUGGCGGUGGCGUGUGGCUCGCGAAAAACAUUCAUGUCGUUCGACUGGUCGUGGCUUGCAUCCACCGCACCAAGUCCUCGCUGGUGUGUCUCCAAGGCGGCCGAGUACUGCAAACGUUGAGUUGCGUGUUGGCCAGCGGCGACGUGACGUGGUCCUCUUCGGACGAUCCACGCGCGCACAUGGAACUAAUUGACUUGAUUGGAACGUGCGUGAGUUUCGAGACGGACCAAGUUGGAAGCGCCGUGGCCGUGCACGCUGUGUCCGCUCUCGCGAAUCUCUUGCCCGUUUCGCCCUGGGGCGAAUGGAGCUUCACGACACUCAAGUCGAUGCUGACCACGGACGACGCGGGAAUAUCGAUGCCGUGGUCGUCUUACCUACAUUGCAUGGUGCCAAUGUCUCGAUUGGACCGGUUGUGCCAUCUCCUGUGCUGUCAGCAUCAAAGCGUGAAGAAAUGCGCGUGUAAAGGCGCGAUCGACAUGGAUGCACGGCGGCGCAUCGUUCGAAAAACGGCCUGCACGUUUGCGGCGUCAAUUUUGCAACAUUUGUUCCUGGCGUCGAAGCCGGUCACGUUGGAUUACGUUCGAAAGGUGCAAGCAAAGAAAAUCCAGCAAACGAUUUUGCGAUGGAUGUAUGUAAAACGAAAGACGCGCGGGUUUUUGCCCGUAGUUGCGCAGUACUCCAAGUGCCCCCAUUGUUCUCCAGUGUCGUCGUGCCUGGCAACGCUGAUCUUGUUGGCGUGUGGCUUUCAAGUCGACGCGCAUACGCGUAAACCGUCCAAAGCGCGAGGGGGCGUGGUGGCCUUCCAACUCGAUUUGUUUCAGUUUCUCAACCGGCUGUGGCACCACCGGGAACUGGUCAUGGUCGCGUGCAACGACCUCAAAGUUGCAUUUACGUACCUCGUUUUUAGUUCCCACAACGAUGCAGACAUUCGAUAUGAAGCGCUCAAGUCGUUGUCGCUCUUGACAUGGUUCUACCCUACUGUGAUCAACUUCGUUGUCCCUGCAAUUGUCAAGCCACUGUGGGGCGCGAGCUACUUUGGGGAUGUGGGAGGCACAUGGAUCGAAGACGUUCUGCACAAAUCCCUCGACUCGAAUCGAAAACGCAUCGGCCAGCACAUCCCCGAGGUCCAAAAUGCCCUGAACUUUUUUGCCCUCGUCUCAAUUGACCCACGGCUGGCUGGCCAUUUGACAAGGGGGUUUGGCUUUGUGUGGAAGCUGAUAUACACGUGGACUUCGUCCGACAAAACUCAUGCGUUGGAUGAAGCCGUCUGUGUCGCGCUCGUCUUUAUGCAAAACGUUCUCCUCAACCUCUCCAUCGGCGAUGAUUUCAGAUUCAACGUCCCGAUCAAUGAUUUCGUCACAGUCCUGACAACUAAGAACAUUCGUGUCAAGGCGGGCCUGUGUGGUGUCCUUUGGGCCAUAGCCCUGCGUGACGAAGGCAGAGCAGCCAUCCGAAGCCACCCAGACUGCAAUGCGCUGCUACAAGCGUUGACUGUGUCAGUGUUCAACUCGUUCGCGCACUCCGAUACCGCAGCUGCGAUCGACAUGCACAUGUUGCUGUACAAUGGACUGGGCGCUCUGGCGUGCAUGGCGUUGGAUACAAAGCUCCUGCGGGAGCUAAUGCAAUCCAAAGUGAACGAACCGGCGUGCGCAAUGGCCGCUUGGAUCAAGAACAAAAAACCGCCCUCAACGAAUCCUCUCAACAUCGACUGCGCAUACUUUGCCACGAUGGAAGAGCUGCUCACCAAAGACGACAUGCCAUCUUACGUACGCGUCAGAAUGAAGCAGCUUAAGACGAUGCACGAGUACGGAGUCGGCCCGAAACUAGGAUUCCGUGCCAUUUCUGUUUUGACGAUUGUCGACCAAGUGCACGUGCAGUCAACACGCCUCCUGGCGACCAUUUUGGUUGUCGAAACCAAGCUCAUCACGGAGUGGCAAGUCCUCCUGUCGUCGUUCACCCUCGCCAACAACCCCACGCUGUACAUGUACCUGUGCGCCGUUCUGCCGACGUUGGCUCGAGCGGAGAAGAGCCGUGCGAGUGCGAUUCCCCCCUUUGUCCUUCAAAGUCUCUCAGCAAUCAUCACGCAAGAGAAAUGGACCAAACUUCAAGCCCAUGCGAUCCAAGCCCUUGGACAUUUAUCGGUCGUGUCGACCGCAGCCAAGACGCAGGUCCAGUCGCUCGACGUAUGCACGAGGGUACCAAAGCUACCCCCGGCAGUCCAGAGUGAAGUGGUGCACAUGAUUGCGUUAUCGACGAAAACCCCCGACGCAGGGCAACCGAUCCUUGGCGAAUCGGAAGUUUACGACGUCGUUGGGGCUGUCCUAAAAUCUCGAGAUCGCGCAAAGAUCUGGCAAUGCAGUGUCGCGGAGUGGUCUCCAUUAUAUCUAGACGACAAAGACCUCAACUCGACCCUCGAGACAGCCGUGAUCAAGUACUUGCGUCGACCCGUGGAGCUCGUGCAACAAUACAGCGGCACCGCCCAUGCCACGACGCUCAAUUUUCCCCUGACCCUGUUACAACUGCUUGGCGAGGUGCUGCAUGAAAUGCCCCAUCUCGUCCAGCGGAAGUUAAAGGACGCCCAAGAAUUGACGCUCGAACUAUCCCAAACGCUGCGCAAGUGGACGUCGUCGCCGUCAUGCACGUUUCGAGCGCAGUGUAUCACGAUCGACUGCGUUGCAGUGUACGUGCAAGUGAUGCAGCAUUGCAUCCACGUGAACAGCCCAAGUCUGACGGACGAUAUUACUGCGAUCAUGGUUGCUGUUGUGGCCAACCAGCCAUCCCCAACUGACCUCGACCAAGUGGUUCAGUACUUGACUCAACGCGACUCCGUGGUGCAUAUGCACCUUCACGUUCUAUCCAACAGCACAUCAUUAAAGAACUCUACGACGAUUCAGGCGCUGACGUUGCUUCACCAAUUGUUUUUAUCCAACACUCGCAAAGUUGCGCUGGGGUAUCUUGAGACCUUUACGUCCACCGACAACGUGUGCGGGUUUCUCUGCGUCCUGCACGUUUUGAUGGAGUGGCCGGACCAUCGAACCGAGUUUUCGGCCCUGGCGUUUGGCGUGUUGCAAUGUAUGCUCGAAUCCACGACGAACCGGACACUACUUCUGGACAAGGUCGUGCCUCGAAGCUGUAGUCUGUCCGAGUCGAACGCAGCACUCAACCUCUACACGAAAUACGUGUUGGACGUGUGGAGCUUCAUCUCGGUGAAAGAAAUGGCUGCUCGUGUCCCCGACCGUUCGAAACGCAUUGGGUUGUGCCUCUUGGCAUCGCAAAUCUUGUGCGAUUUGUGCAACGAAGCCCAAACGAGCUCACGAAGCGAGAGCUUUGUGUCGAUCUUGAUUGGCAGUGAAAACAACUAUGUCGCGCAUGCUACGCUCAGCCACAUCGUCCAGUCGUAUGUGGCAUGCACAACCGACGAACGUCUCGUGGGGGAAUUCCUGGAAGCCAACGUGCCUGCAGCCCAGAUUGAGCAACUUCGGUUUUGCCUUAGUGCGGCACUGGCAUACUUGGCCACGAACGAGAACGUUCGGCAUUCGAACGACAUGGUGAACUUCAUCGACAGCGCGACCGCUCGGCCCAUCACGUCGGAAGCACACCUGGGCAUUCAAUUCAACCUGCUGCAAAUUUACAACGCCGUGCUGUGUGUGCCGACUUUGUUUCGUCAAAUCGUUUUCCGCCAACAUGUUUUCACAACGUCGGAGCGCGACAAGCCAAUGCUUGCCCUCUUUGGCGAGUACAUUGCCCACCCAAACAACGUCGAGCUUCGGUGGGUGGCUGCGGAAUUGGCAGGAAAGUUUUGCCUCGACGGUACACUGGCCAUUGAAAAGUCGUUCUUGGUUCAGUCCGCUGAUUGCCUUGAAGCUUGUUUUUCCAAAUCGUUCGAGACCUGUCCUUUCACGACGACGCCCGCUUGCUCUGAGUUGACCGCACGCAUCCGUCACAUUGACGAAGCCAUUCCGUCUAUCGAAGAAAACACCCACCACACACCGGAUCGACGCCUCGUCCACGAGCUGCUCUCCACUCUCUUGAUGCUGUUUAGAGCCCAGCCUUGCAGCGCGACGUUUGCUCAUUUGGACGCGGACAAAGUAGCGAGGUUCUUCAUUCAAACCGUGCGUAUCUUGCGGCAAGGGCCGAUGAAAGACUCCAAGAUCAUUUCACCGUCCAUGAUGGAGCAGCUAGUUGUCGCAAUUGGCUUUGUCCACGAAUCCAGUCUGGCGUCCCUGCUGUGCAUGUUGGAAAUGCUCUUUAGCGUGUCGACGGAGUACAAGUGCCAACUCUUGUCCCUCAAUCUCACAUCUUCCCUGGCGGCGAGCUUGGCGACCGCCAACAAACAAGCGAACGCCCGCUACACGCUGUCGUUGUUGAGCUUCCUCUCAAGUUUGGUCAACAACGACACGAGUGUCCAUCCUUUCAUCGUCCAAGACAAAGCGCUCCUUCGUCAAAUCUUUUCUGUGCUCCAGCUACGCUUUCAGUUUGUUCCAGAGUACAAGUGCAUGUCGUUGCAACAUCCAAACGGCAAAGACCAAAUUGGUGUGUUGGUGGCUGCGGCCAAGGUGCUGCAUCGUAUCAGUUCAACACACCAAGAAGCCUGCACAAUGUUUCAGGACCUUGAAUUGGAUCUACCCCAGAGCUCGAAGGCGUCGCAGAAUGGCGCGAGUGUAUCCGUCGAGGUGGCGGUAUCGAACGACCGACCCAUUCUUCGAACCCUGUUGGACUUGCUCCUGGCGUCUGAAUCAAACGCGCUCCAGCUGCACUUGCUCGGUAUUUGCCUGCACCUCGCGGAAGCCAACGGAGUUUACGUCGUUGUGCGUUUGUGUGGCCAUGGAGGUAUUCAGAUCCUGUUUGAUUUGAUCUUCCACGACUGCAUCCGAAUCAAAGACAAGAGCGUGCAACUUCUUCGUGUGCUCAUUCUACAGUCCGAGAUGAACGUGCCACGACCAACAUUGCUUUUGAGUGCCCACCCCGCUGCCAUCUCCACGUCAUCUGCAAAAUUGGAUCGUUAUGCGAAAUCCGCUCGAUCGGUCGUGGCGCCACCAACCCGUCGCACCACGACAGUGCACAAAACUGGAAAACCUCCGCAGUCGCGCUUCAACGACGACAUCGAUGCCGUCCCGGUCGAAUCGGUCGCACUCAUCAUCGGGCGCAUCGUACUAUGCGGUCUCUUUCCAGUGUACGGCAGGCGCUUGGAAGACUUGACCCUGGGCAGUCAGGCCACACAAAUCGAUUUCAUUUGGAUUGAAGACAUGCUGCGUCGGCUGGUCGUGUUUGGCCUUUUGUCCCCAGCGGAACUUCAGAUUGUCAGCCGGUGCAUGACGAUUCAACGGUACCUGGCGCAUCGAACCAUCCUCACCGAGCCUGGUUUGCACAUUAUUACGAGCGGCAAAGUGCUGUGGCAACUUGAAACAGCUCUCGACGACGUCUCGCUCACGCUGGACAAAGGAUGCAUCGUGGGGGUCUCCACGUGUCUUGGUCUUGUCUCGACUGAAAAGGCCACCGCCAUGUGCGCUGUUGUCGCGCUCGUCCUGACCAAACAUGACCUGGAGCACGCCAUCCCAGCGCCCAUUCAAGCCAAAAUCCAUGCAGCCAUGCGAAAAAUGGCCACCGUGUAUCCUUGUAACAUCACCGAGGCCCCGUCCUGGCCAACAUACUUGUCUCUUUUCAAACUCAAAGCGAUGCAACGGUUGCAGCAACACCAGUCCCAGUACCUCUUUCGAGACAGCCGCCACUCGACGACUCCUCCGGAAGACGUGUGUGACUUGAUUGCGAGUGUGUGCUCUGCUUUGUCGUUGAGCAAGGAUAUUGCCAGAGUCAACGUGUCGAGUCUCGUCCAACUCAUCACGGAUGCCAAGCAAUGGCUGCCCUCGCGACAGCCCUUGACACGGUCGCUCGUUUAUGUCGUGCAUAGCUACUUGCGAGCGCAGCCGCAACCAAACACUCGAGUCCACUCGAUGCUUCUUCGACUUGGGCGGCCGCGAGGCGGCAGCGGGGCUGCCUUUGUCGCCAACACGUGGACGGCAUCAACUGCGACGGACGACGAUAUUCCAUUUCUCAACCGUGUCUUUUACGUGUUGGGACAGUUUACAUCGUAUUGCUGCACAGGGACAGGACGUGCAAGUUGUGGCAAGGUCGUGUCAAAAUCCAAGUGCAGCUGCACUCUGGUGGCCCGACGAGUCGUGAUGAGCCACGUACGCCUGUCCUUGUUUCGAGAUACCAUGAUCCUCAUGGACAGUUCAACGUCUCCGAUUCGAAUCGAUCACUCGAUUGUGUUUGCUGUCUGCGGCCACCUCUUUCGAACGCAAAACUACAAGCUAGCGCAGUAUCUCUCGACUCUUCCAACGCGGCUGGUCCAUGCAUUUGUUGAUGACGCCAUCAACUUCUCCGAAGAGUCGCCGUCAGCAACGCGGUUGCUCGGAAAAGUGUGUCGUUCAUGGCUGGUCACGAGUGUGGUCGAGUGCUUGUCCGAUAGAAAAGUUGAAUUCUCGCAAUGGUUUACAAACCAGGUGCAGGUAAUGGACCACCCUGCCCACGUCGCCUCCCUCGGCCCGUUGGAGUGCCUCAUCUCACUGGCGCACGCGUCGUCAGCGUCCUUGGACUUUACAGCAACGGUGCUCGACCAUUUGGAGCGUGGAAAUGCAGCCAUCUUGAGCACUCUUUGUCUUGGCUUUCAGUCCAGCGACCCGAAGAUGCAAUUGCGAGCUGCGAGAACACUCACGAAAUACUGUGACUUGGCGACAAAGCAAGAUCGAUGCGCCAACAUACUUGAACACGACGCACUCCUAGAAGCAUUGACGCAAGUCUACUUGAAAUGCAGCCACGAAUUGAAGUUCCAAACUUGUGCUUGCGAUGCCCCGUCCAAAAUUUGCGUUCGAUGUGAGCCAAAGCUGCCAUACCGUCAGAACACGCUGCUUUUGAACAUCAUCAAGACGCUUGGGACGUUAACAAAGGCACUGUUGAGUUCCUUCCGCCACAGGAACGCCUUCCUCGAGCCCACGAUGCGCUUCGUCCACGUGCUGUUGCAAGUGAUAGAGCUCGACCGAUUCGGGCAGCAAGUGAUGACUGGGCUGUGUUCGUUGUACCGUUGUCUCGUCCACACCGUCGAUGCCAUCGAAUACGCCUAUUUGCUGAUGCACUCGCUGCACCAAGCAUACGAGCGCCACCACGAGAUCGGGAUGCGAGCUCUACUCCCACUGGUUUCGACUUUGCCCUUGGCUGACCCACCACACUCCACCAUACGAGCGAAUAUACACAAAGCCUUUGUAGAAUUGACCAUGGCCAUCAUGGCGAUACCAACACCGACUUUGCAACAUCUAUGCGCCAAUGCCAUCUUACGCUUGUGUCAGAGUGCCACAUGUGCCGCCGCGUUGUCCCAUGAACACUACCUAACACAAAUAUGCCACGUCACCGCGUCUGGAGUUAGCUUGCAAAGUCUUGUGUCGGUGACCGCGGCGUUGUGUACAUCAAAGGCAACUCGGCAUCGUAUUGUGGCAUUCCCACAUUACCUUGAGAUCUUGAUUGGAUUUUUACCGCGGCUGCAACGUCAUCAGUGCCUCGUCGGUGCCGCGUAUAUUGUUUGGAAGCUCAUGAAAAUCCGGCCGGAACAUGCUGCAGUGUACAACCAAGCGAUCAGUCCGAGCUUCUUCUCCCUUCUGGAGGACACAGUUGCAUGGCAGGAAGCCGCAGACGAAAAAACCCGGCGAGUGACGGUGGGCGCAGGCGUCCUCACCCAGCUCCUGGCUAUACCAGCCAAUCGGCAAGUCGAGGCCGCGUCGUUGGGGCACAUAGUUUGUCUUUGCUGCGCAAACCUGUCGAAAGAAUCCAUGGCCAGGCAAGUUCCUUUGCUAUAUCGCUUGCUGCAGUGUGUCAACAUGGCAUUUCAACAAGGCCACGCAUACGUUCGCCAAGUCGCUGCCUCCAGCAUCAACAUUGCCCGGUGGAUUGAGCUGGCAGCGCAGGACAAUGGCACCAAGUUAAAACUCCACUCUGAAGUGUGCAAAUACGCCACCGAAAUGCUUCGGCACCACGAAAAUCGCAUGCAUCUUCGACACGAUAUCGGGUGCACGGAAGAGGUGUGGAAUGCGUUCCUGCCGUCCAUGUUUGCCCACAACGGACCCAGCCAGUCCCUGGCGAGUCGCCUCGCGUUUGAGCUGUGCCGUGGCCAUCGGCGAAACAGCACGUUUUUCAUUCAGAACCGGUUGCUUGUCGCCCUCGACAACGUCCUCUUGGACAUCACGACAUUGGACCUCGACACAUUGCGCACAGCAGACGUCAUUUGCUGCACGAUCGGUCGAGUGUGUUUGUACCUCGAGCCAAAACGGGCUCCGGGCCACUUUGAGACGACCAGUGGAUUGACACACUUGAUUGAAAUGGUCCAGCGUACCCACGAUCAUCGAGUCCACGAUCGGCCAUGGUUUACACUGGUUUGCAGUGCCUUCCGUGCCAUCAAUUGCCUCGUCCGGGUGCUCCCCCCCGCAACCGUUCACUUCAAACCGGUUCAGUGUGCCGAGAUCAUGCCUAGUUUGGUGCCACAGCCACGGGCGUUUGUGGCGUUUUGCACGUCGUUGAGACUCACGUGUGCAGCGGCAAGGAACGAAUGCCCGACGGCCUACCAGGUGGUUUUGCAUCACUUGGUGAGCGCCUUGUCAACAGAGACAUUAGCGCCGUCGGGGCGAAAGGUCGCGUGGAAGCUGUUUGGCACCGUGGCUCGCCACGUCAUGGUUGAAGUGGACGGCAACGCGAUCGUUCAAAUCGUCGAGCAGGAAGUCAAGAUGCCCCCCCUGGCGGUGGUGCACGCGAUGGGCCUCACUCGGUUCACCUCGCCCCUCGUUGUGCUGGGCUAUGCCACGAUUGAGCUCCACACCGACACGACGUUUCACCGGCUGCACCUGUGGAUUGUCAUUGCUGUAUUUGCCAGCCAGCAAGUGAAUCCAACAUCGUGGGCGCUCGAACGGUUUGUCAGGGAUAUUUGCAAUACCGUGGCCAUUCUCCUGGAGAGCUCGGAGAUUGAAGACCAAGACUCGGCCGCCUACAUCAUUGCAACUCUGUGCUGCCACUCGCCUAGCGCAGCAACCCUCUUUGCGUCGAUUAUUCCAGACGCUAUGGACCUCCUAACGCAAUGCAUGAUCGGUCAAUUGAAACGCGGUCAUCGUGCAGUGUAUGCAAGCCGUGCCGCAGCCUGCCUCAUCGCCGUCCGUGACUCUGGUGCGGCAGAGGACGACCUGGCAUCCCACCUCGCCAUUUUAUUCCCCCUGUUGUCCACUGCUCUCUACAACGCCCUGUCCAAAAACUUCUUGACCGUCGCUAUUCACUACCUGGACGUCACCCUCGAAAUACUUCAAACGGUCGCGAAGCACAACAUCGCGUCCAAGAGCUUACACGCCAUUCUUUUCAACCCCAAACUUCUUGCGAGUCUGUCCAUUGCGAUCUUGAAGGAAACCCACCUUCCCAUCCCACUCAAGUCGCUCAUGUGCUCGUCCAGCUUGACAACGAUCUGCCCGGAUGUCCCGCCGUUCUGUGACCUGAGCCGAUCCAAGUUGCUCCAACUGGCGCAUUCGUUGCUGCGAUUGCUCAAGCUGUACUCGCUGUCGUGCGAUAUUUUCGUGACAGAUUCCAAAGCUGCGGCUGGACGCACAGCCAUCACGACGGAGCAGUAUUGGGACUUUUUGCACUGCCUCGCGACAUUGCUGCACCCGAAGUACUCGUCAAAGCAAUUAUGUCAAGCAUUCGUCGAGGUGAAUAUCCACCAGCACUUGGUUUCGUUGCUGCAGUUGCUGCGUGCAUGGCCAAAUCUGCUGUCUCAAGUUCUGUUGAUCCUGACCAACCUGUUGGCGAGUCAUCCGCCAUGCCGUGACCUCCCCGUCGAGUGCUUGCUCGAUAUAGUCCACCACUGCUCAAACGCGGACGCCCAUGGAAUUGCUGGUCAUGCGUUCAAUGUUUUGUGGCACCUCAGUCGCCAUAAACCAAACCAAGGCAUUCUUUUUCAGUCCACCGACGUCAUGUCGUUCAUUCAAUUCCAUCUCGACAAAGCUGGUGCGUCCAUCGGAGUCGAGGGCUGCUUUGGCCUGCUGGCCAUCAUGACGAUGGUGGACACGAUGGCUGGUCCGUUGGAAGCUUACGUGUCCAAGCCAGGGCGCGAUGUUGCAUGGGUGUCUCAAGCCACUGUAGGGGACUCGGCCUCGCUCGUGUCGAGUCAGUUUUGCAAAUUCAUGCGAAAUUUGGCAUUUACACGAGAAUGGGGGCACGUCGUUCGCGGUAGCUCUGUCUUGGUGUCGACGUUGAUUCAGUGCCUUCGGUUUCCGUGCUCAAAAACUGCCUUGUAUGCCCUGCAGUGCCUGACCAAACUCCCUUUACCCAUGGCGCAAAAGAUGGGACUGUUCCAGUCGCUGGCACAACACCUACAAAACGGUUUGAGCCCCACGUCGGGGCAGCAGGCACCAGAUACCAUCCACACCAGUCGAGGGGUGCUUGCCACCAGGUGCUUGCAUGAAUAUCUCAGUCUCUCUGCCUUGACUCUCCACUCCAUCGUUCCUGGACGGCCAAAGUGGACCCUUUCACCCGAACCGUUCAGCCUUCUUUUGCGCGUCGCUCUCUUUGGUCCGAACCUUGACCAGUUGUUGGCGCUCCAAGUGGCACGGCUGUACUUUGGCAACGUGCGGUGCGACACGUGCUUCUUUGAAGGGACCCAAUUCGUGCUUGAGUGCACGCUAGCAUGCCUCGGGUUGCCGCGGGACGCCCGAAACGAAGCCUUACUCCUCUUUGAAUGCGUCACUCGCAGUCGUGGUGUGCAGUACCUCAUCCUGGACAAUGCCGCGGCUCUCACAACGCUCCGUCAACUGUUCCAUGAGCCGCACACGAAACUCGAAGUCUUGUGGAGAAUUGUGCGCAACCUGUCUACUGCACAAUCACAGCAAGUGACCGUGUUGACACUUUUUGCCGACGUGAUUCUGGCCACGAAAUGCCCUUCCACACCCGACGAGACGACCAUUGCCCGUUUGGCGUGCAGUUUGGUGGCGCACCUUGUCACGACGAUCGAAACCUUGCCUUGUGUGAAAAAACUCCACCCGUGGUUCCGCGCGAUGGCUCUGACCAACGACGCUCAAGUUCUAGCCCACCUUUGCCGCGUUCAGCGUAAUCUGGUGAAAAUAGGGGCCGCAUCCCACGACAUUGUCGACUUUGAGCACGUUCUGGACAACUUGUUGCCGAUCUACAGCGCAUGCCCAAGCUCGGACGACCCCAUCUUGACAACGCAGCUGCGCAUCAUGCUGUCCGAGUUCUGUGGGCUGAUGCUGACCUUUUACAAAACCGAGACCCAAAACAUGUUUGCCGGAUUUCAGCUCCAGGCCACCACCACUCGACCACCCACACGUCGUUCAACGAGCAAUCGAGUCAAACAAGUGCGGCUGUGGCAGCACAAGUGGGUGUUUUGCAAUGGCGCGCCGAUGGAGUCGCCCAGGUUGUUUGAAAAGGUGCUGUCGUUGUGGGCCGCAGCUUGCACACACGCUUGCCAGACGGUCGCCCACGAGUGCCUCUACGCGAUCUUGACCUUCUUCGUCAUGGUGACGAGUGAGUGCUUGAGCGGAUGCUUCCUCAUGACCGACGCGCUAUCGAUCGCGUUUAUCCUGCAGCACCUGCCGCAAUGCACGACAAGCGACGUCGAGUUGAUCAUGGCCAUUUUGAAAGCAUGUGCCAAGGUUCGCAUAAUCGCGACGAAAUUCGCUGCACGAUGCUCGGCUGCGUCUGCUCGAACGGGUGACAACUACAGCAUGCUAGAGCUCUUAUGUGGAGUUGCCGCGCACGUCGUGCGUGUCGAAAUGAUCCGCGGGCCUUCACCAGCGCACAACAAUACGUUCACGAUCUUUCUCGCGUGUUUAUCUGUUCUCAGUGAAAACACCAUGUUCCUGCGGUCGGAAUUCCUCAUGACAAGCCGCAACAACUUUGGCGUGAUCAAGUUGCUCGUAUAUGUUGUCCACCGGUGCCGGUCGGUCCAGCCAAGCUUGGCCAGUCUCGCAGCCAAAAUUCUCGUCCGCUUGGUGAUCGUGGCGAACUUGCGGCACGUCCAGAAGCUGCUCAAACAAACCGCGUGCGAUUUGUGCCUCACGGAUGAAAACGUGGCCCGUGUGCUGCUCACGUGCGUCCAUUUGACGCUGUUUGAGUUUGACAUGCAAGUCAAUGUGCUGGUUCGCGUCGUUCACUCCGUGCUUGUUCGCAUGGUCGCAAACGGUCGCAUCGACAAAGGCACGCCGGCCCUGCUUCGAGACAACGGCCUCGAGAAUAUCUCCGUCGCGUUGCGAGAAUUCAUGGCUGCGUACGACGACAUGGCAAUGAACCCAAACACAAACGAUGACGCGUCGAUCGUGGUCCACUGGUUGAAAACCCUGUCGAGCGAGCUCUCCAAGUACUGCGUCGACGGCUACGACAGUCUCUACGAUGCGUUCGAGCGCUCCAACCACAACACCCAACUGACCCAAGGUAUUGAGGCCACGAAACAUGCCGCCAUGUGCUAUCAGACAAGCCAUUACGUCGUGCAUUUGCUCAAGGAAGCCGUGGUCCACGCGAUCGAUGACCCAACCCAGCAUGCUGACAUAACGCUCUUCUUCCGUCGCGUCGAGUCGAUCGUGGAAUGGAUCAUCUUGAGCCUACAGAAUCCCGACAUGGACAUCGGGUACUUUACCCAUCACAUCGAAGAGCUUUGCGCUGCUGUGCGAGGGCUGCUGCACGUGCAUGCUCCCGCAGCAGUCGGGUCCCCCGCCGCGUCCACUGCUUCCGCCCCCGUGGCGCUUGUUUUGGAACAGCUUCACAUUCAUUCGUGGAUGUGGGCGUUCUGGGGCUUUCGGCCGUACGUGAAAACCUCGCUAGGGCAAAGGCGAGCUUACACGGGGUUCUGCACCGACGGCGGCUCGACGGUGCAAUGCCGGUAUCCCCAGCUCCAAACGCACUGUGGCAAUUACACUGCAAAGCACGCGUCCACGGCGUUUGUUGUGUACCCAGACGAGAUGACAGAGUCUGUCGACGUGCAAGUGUGGAUGUAUCUCCCGUUUAGCCCCACGGACAUGUGCAUUGGCCAGACGUCGUUGUCGUUUCCGCUCGCGUGCGGCAACCAUUCGAUCGAAUUCCAUCCCUUUCAGCGCGACAAGAUGCGCUUCGACGAAGUUCGUCCAUACGGGGACAUUCAAUUCCGUGUGUGCCAAACCCACGGCACGGCGUCAACGACAGCAUCGUCGUUUCCGUUUUCCACGUGCGGCUCCAAGAUGCUCCGCAACGUGUGCUUUCUAUUGUGGACCGGGUUCGUCCUCACGGUCCAAGGGGUGUGGCACCUGGUCCAGUCGCACGCUCGCGCCGCCCCACGCGCCUUGCACGUUCAUGGGUCGGCCAAGUGGCAGCCUGCACACGAAACCAACGCUGCGCUGCGAGUGACGUCGCUGUUGACUCAAAUACGAUCGACGUUUGAAAAGUGCACGUCCAAAGAUAAACUCAUCGGGUCGUACGAAAAACAAAGCGCGCACACCGAGUGCAAAACCACCAUGGAUCUGCUCCUGGAAAGCGAUGUCGGGUCCUUUGCUGCAAUGACACGAAUCCUCGUCCCAAUCUUGACCAACCCCACCAACAAAUCCUUGUGCGACCAAACGUGGGCGGCCAUCGCGGCCACGGUCGACUUGUACAUGCCGCGUGGUCUGUCGUACUUUAAAUCGCACUUGCACGUCCAUGAGGCUCGGGACGCGACCCCGUCGGCCCUCGUCAGACGCAAGUACCGACUGAAAGAAGUGUGCAACGGCAUCGCAGGGCUCGACUUUUUCGUCCAAAGCACCAAACCGUCGACGGACUCGUUCUUCAAACAUUUCCGACCGUCGCUAGUCCAACCUCAUGUACAUCGGUACGACGUCGCCGUCAUCGUCGAUACGUGGAGGCGCCGCCGCGGACAAAACUGGCAGCAGCUUGUGAUUCCUCACAUGUCGAUUUUUUCUCUGCCGCAAGCGCGGAUGCCCGAGUGGUAUGGACUGAGCAAGAUGGUUGCCCCAGACAACUUGAAUCAUUUUUUCCUUCAGCCCUUGGAGCGGUGGCAAGCCAUCUUUGUCAUUGCUGAGUUCACCAGUGCUUGCUUCAACCAACCCCUUCGAACUCACGCGACGCCCCUCACGGCACUCAAACUCACCAGUAGCACACGACGCCUCUCGAAUGUCGAACUCGCGCAAACACGCCUCGUCUCUGCGCUCAGUGCCGUUCGCCAUGUUUUGUCAGGCAGCUCCCGCGUGUCGUCGGAUGCAUCGCUUAGCCCGACGACAGCAUUGGUGAAGCAGGCCUCCGCCAGGCAUAGCCAAUUUAUUCGCACCAUCACGGAUCUCACCAAAGAUUCCAAGCCGUACCAGCUGCUGAAGCACAUCGAGUUGGCGAGGAAGUGUCGGCUGGCAACAUUUGCCGAUCUCGACCCGUUCGACGCCCGAUCCAAGCUGAAGGUGUUCAAUGCUAGGGCGCAGAUCAUUCCCCCGAUCCUGUACAACGAAGGCCCUAUUGCCGAGCUCAUCAACGUUCUGUCGUGGUUUCUGCUCACUGUGACGGUGUGGCGGCUCGCACUAGCCCUCGAUACUAUUCGAGAAGCAUCGAGGACGUACAAUGGAUUGGUGCGAAAGAAGUCGCAGCAAGUUGCUGGGAGCCCGGCUCAUCGUCGAAACACAAUGGAAGUGACGUGGUUGAUGCAGCCAAACGGCGACUUGUCCGUGUCUGCAACUGUUCUCCGCACCGAGAAGCAGCUUCGCUACUACCUCGUCAUUACGGAGCUCAUGGGACUCUUGGUCGACAUUUUCUACAUUUGGCCACCGGAGAAUGGGAAAAUUGGCCUCGGCGGGUUUUGGUCGAGCUUGUGGUUCACUGCCAUCGCGUUCGGGUUUCCCUUUUUGUUCGAGUACUUUGUGUCCCCGACCUUGCAAGACUCGAUGGGGGUCGUAUCCGUCGGAAAACUCUCGAUCCUCGCCUGCUCGUACGGGAUCCUGUGGGUCGUGCUCGCGUUUUUGUCCGUCGUGACAAUCACGCGCAGCAUCCCUGGGUUCAACGCCACCCGGCGCGUCGAAUCGAUCAACCUCACCGACUUUCCGUCGUGUUUGAAAAAUUACUUGGCCAUCGGGAGCAUUGGGUGGGAACUCGUUCAGCUCAACUCGAUUCCGUGGCAAAUAUGGUGGGGUCGGCGCUCUUGCAUGGUUGGUGACGGGAUGCUGUAGGAAGUCGACGUAUUCCGCCAAAAAGCUGGCCGCCAUGGUCACGCUGGAUUUUGCCACACUCGGCUUUGACGUCGUCCAGCUCAACGUGUUUUUGGUACGGCUUGCCUCGCUGCUGCUACGUGGCACCCGAUCCACGUUGUAACGUACCCCACGCAGAUCAAACAACGCGUUGCGUGUAUUUGCCUGCUCAUUUGGUUCUUCAGCCUGAAGGCGUCCAACAAGUUUAAGCGGUUUCCGUGGGUCAACUACUUUGUCACGUUUUUGCUGCCAAGUUUCUUGAGCACGGGCUUGUUCAUGUUUCUAACCCAAGAGUACUUGUACUCGGUCGCGUGCUACCCUUCCGUCGACGCAAACGGGGCCAAAGUGUACGUGUUGUGGUCCAAGGAUAACCCGCUGCAUUGCUGGACGACUGACCAUGUACGACGUGCGUGAAUAUCGAUUGUCAAAACCUCAUGUGGGGCGUGGCAGUGGCCGUUUGCUUUGAUUGGGAUGCUUGGCAUCGGGUUGUUCGUUCCACUCGCCGUGCUGUCGUCUGGGAGCCACCAACUCGCGUUCCCGCAGCUGGAUCUCGAUAUCCAGUGCUCGCCGCUCUUCGGCAUGAUCAGCCAGCUCGUCAAGGGCCUCAUGAUUGGAGCUAAAACGUUCUUCGCCACCAACAUCGUACGUCGUGCUCGUUUGUUUGCCUCCAUCAUCGUGCCAACUUGUUGUUGUAGCGAUUUUACUUGUUUGUCGCGUUGGCCGGCGACAUGCUCCUGUUUGCAGUCUACUUUCGCUUCCCGCACGCGUGCUCGACCUGGCACGUUCGAAGCGCCAAGCUUGUCGUGUACGUGUUGAGCUUUUGGAGUGCGUUAUGCGCAAUCGUAUCAACGUACAUGACAAAGGAAGACAUUCCGCUGAUCGUCAUGUACAUUGGUCAUGCCGCCAUUUUGGGUGGGGUUUCCCUCUUGCUCCGGGCGAACAAACACUGGUUCCACCAACACCAGCGCCAGAAGAGCAUUCUCUAGUCGACAGUUUUGCCACAUUACGACAACACGCAUCUCGUUAUGACUGCUUUAGCCAGCCCUUGUUCGUGUCGCACGUGAGUUCGAGUUGGUUCAUCACGUAUUUGGUCGUGUCGUCGCUGUGGUCAAUGCGCGAUCCGACGUCGACUCGCACGAGCGACGUCAUGGACGCCAGCUCCUUGGGCAAAACAGUCAAGUUCGAAUCGUCGACGAGGAACGACAUGAGUUUCGUCAUGUUGGCGAGCUCGGCGGGCACCGGCGAGCUAAUGGGGUUGCCGCCAAUGUUGAGAAUCUCCAUGUUUUUCAAGUUGCCCAGGGCAGGCGGCAAGCUCAGCAGCCUGUUUUUCCGCAAGUUGAGGCUUCGCAGGCUGGACUGCGGACAACACAAUGUAUCUGGGAUGGUCUUGAUUUGAUUCGAGUUGGCGUCGAGGUCGGUGAGAAGGGUGAGGUCCGUCGUGUCGGGGAUUUCUUUGAGCGCGUUGCGAUACAGUUGAAGCUACGACUGACCGUGAGCACCCUCUGACGCACACACGACGCUACCUGGGUCAGUUGCGUGCAUGCUGUGAGACUUGGGAACGCCUUGAGCUUAUUCAAAUACGCCGCACAUCGCCGUAAGUUGACAAACUUGGUAAACGGGUCCAGUUGCGUUAGGGCGUUUCCCUGUACCAAGUGUUACAAGCCAGCGUCGCUAGGGGGAAUGUACGGCAAUGUUGAGCUCGGUCAGGUUGACGAGAUCGUAAAAGCCCGGGCUGAGGGACGUGAGUUUGUUGUUAAAAAAGUUGACUUCUUCGAGGGGUUGGCAGCCGCCGAUGCUGUCUGGGAGGGUCGUGAGCUGGUUCUUGAAGCAAAUGAGCUUCUUUAGCGACGCGCAGUGGCCGAGGUCACACGGCAGGCUUGUCAGUUGGUUCUCGGACACGAUCAACGUCGACAGCCGCGUGAGUUUGCACAGCGAGUCGGGCAGGAGCGUGAGUCGAUUGCUUGCGAUGUCGAGGACUUCGAGCUGGGUCAAAUCCCCGAUUGCGUCGUCGAGACACGCGAGCUGGUUGUGGCUAAAGUUGACCUCGAUCAAGUGCCACAGCUUGUACACUUGGUUCGGAAUCGCUUGGAACGGAGGAAGGUUGUGCUGUGCCAGGAACCCGGUAAAGUCGGCUUCUUGCGCGAGCGACAGCUCCAGCGUUGUGUUGGCAUAUGCUUCGAGCAUCUUGUUGACAUGAUCGGUUGUCAUGUUUUGGUACGCUAGUGCUGGCGCCACCUCCGACAUGCGACGACUCACUGGUGUGGACUCGGCCACUGACUUUUCCGUCUUGGCCUUGAGCUCUUCCUUGUCGCAGCUGGACCCGCUGCCCAUGGUCAGCGCGUCAAUCGACGAGUGUGUUUCGUCGCUUGAAACUACUGCCGAC